GGUUAUGUACAAAACUUGGUGAAAAAAACAGGUUAUGUUAUGUUUUUAAAAUUAAAUCUUGGGUUAUUUAAAUUAAUGCAUAUAUAAACGAAUAUGCAAAAAUGGCUCCUAUAAAUACAGAGAAAACUAAGAAACAGAAGUGGAGCGACAUAAACAAAAUAAAAAAAGAAGAGAAAAAGAAAUGGAAAGAACAAAAUAUGAUGAGAAAAUUAAACAAAAAAAAAUUAAAUGUGGACAAAACUGUGCCUGAAGAGACAUUAGAAACUCCCAAAAUUGAUAAGAUAUCCACUUUUAUAUCAACAUUGUCAAUAGCCGUUCCUGGAUCCAUAUUGGAAAAUGCACAGUCUCAUGAACUGCGUACCUAUCUGGCAGGUCAGAUAGCAAGGGCAGCUUGUAUCUUUCAAGUCGACGAAAUAGUAGUAUUUGAUGAUUAUGGUGACGAAGCGAACUCAAAGAAAUCUACGAUUGAAGAUAACGGUGGUUUAAUAACAGCCAGGCACUCCUGUGUACAACUAGGUAGAAUUCUUCAAUACUUAGAAUGCCCUCAGUACUUGAGGAAAAGUUUCUUUCCAAUACAUAACGACUUAAAGUACUGUGGUAUUCUAAAUCCUCUAAAUGCACCUCAUCAUAUGGGGCCCAAUGAUCAGUUUGCUUAUAGAGAGGGUGUGGUUCUGAAUAAACCAGUGAAAAGUGGAAGAGGUUCUUGCGUAAAUGUGGGACUCUUAAAAGACGUUCAUGUGGACAAAUCAUUAACACCCGGUUUAAGAUGUACAGUACAAUUAUUGCCGCAACAAGACAAUUCAAAGAAACUAAAAGGAAUUGUUGUUUCUCCAGCCACACCACGAAAAGAAACUGGCAUAUACUGGGGCUACUCUGUCCGAAUUGCAAAUUCUUUAUCAAAAGUAUUUUCGCAAUGCCCUUACGACGGAUAUGAUUUGAUAAUCGGAACAUCAGAUAAAGGUACAUCUGUGGACGAGUUUAAUUGUCCCAAAUACAAACACCUCCUAAUUAUGUUCGGAGGACUGCAGGGUCUAGAAGCAGCCAUAGAAAAUGACCCCGUGCUCCAAGUCGAUGACCCUCAGUUACUGUUUGAUCAAUACCUUAAUACUUUACCGAAUCAAGGUUCUAAAACACUCAGGACAGAGGAGGCCAUACUAGUGAGUUUAGCUGCUCUAAGGUCGAAACUUAAUCCUGAGGGAAAAUGCGCUGAAUUUAAAGGUUUCAGUGAAGACGUUAGUGAAACUGUGCCAAUUGAUAGUGGGGACAAACAGGUUGAUAGUGGUGACGAUAUGAGUAGAUUUGACUAAAGAUAUUCUGAUUUUAAGUAUACAGGGUGUAACUAAAAUCUUUGGCUAAUUUUUAAUGUUGAUUCUAUAACGGAAAGAAGAAAACAGUUGUAGUGAUUUUAUUUAAGUUAAAGUAAAUGCUGUAGUCAGCUCUCGCUCUCACACUUAGCUACAAAAAAAAGUCAUGUUUUCAUUAACAUUUGUUCAAACGAUUAGAAGAACUUUUUCUAAAAUCGACAGUUCUCUGUGGAAGAGAUGCCUAAAGUAUAUCCAAUGUCAGCGGGAACAUCAAAACAAAUUUCGUUCUUUGGUUUGUUUCCUAGCAUAACGGGUCAUUAUUUUGCAUUAGGCACCAGCGAGAAAACUUUAUUUGAACAUUUUCAAAUUUGAAUUUACCUAAACCUUGACCCAAACUUUGAAUUAACCGAUAAACCCUUAUAGCUGAUUUUGUAGACUCACGAGUCAAGCUAAAGAUCCUUGGUUGAAAAGCAUAUUUCUGUGAAAAAAUAUUACUUUUCGUAUUUUAUUUCUACACAAUAUAAAUAUUACGACAUUAAUAUGUACAGGUGAACUUUCAGUUUGCAGAGUCCAAGCUUGAUUUUUAUAUACAAGUUUUUAAAAUCAACGGGUCCAUCGAAUAUUUCUUGUAUUUAGAUUUACAGGAUGUUUCGAAAAGGUGUUGCCAAACUUGAGGGGGAUAUAGAGGACAUUGUGGUAGAAAAUUUUUGAAUAUAAACCCCUAGUCGGAAAUAAGCCGUUUUGGCCCUAGAACAAUUUUAUGUUAUCUCAUUAACACCAAGAAAACUUUUGAUAUUUAAGUAAUUUUUAUUAAGAAUAACGCAAAAAAUUAUUUGAAACAAAACACGUUUAUCUUUUCUGAUAAAUGUUUACCAACUGCAUGUCCUACAUAUGAUGUUAAAAAUAGAUUUUAUCCACAACUGUGUGAUAAAAGCACUUUUGCGUGCAUCUAAUCUAGCCAUGCAAUGUCAUCUGUGUCACGCUGUGAGGAAUAGUGAAACAAUUGAACAGAGCUGUCACGUAUUAAAUGAUCGGACUAUCGGACCCAAAUUUGUUUUGUUUGUAACGAAAUUUUGCUUCUAAGUUGUUGAAAUGGAUCAGUCGAAGAGUAUGCAGAUAUGCCUCUUUUUUAUGGCGAAGCAAGUUGCAACGCUAGAGAACCUGAGCACUAUCUGAAUCACCAACAUCAUUAUCGAACAACUUUUUCAUCAAUCUAUCGUCAUUUAAAAAAAAAGCAAUUUUAAACCAGAUGUAGAAGUUGACAUCCACAAAUUGCACGGACAGUGGUCAUUGAGGAAGAGGUUUUGCAUCGAACUAAAGAACAACCUACCACAGGCCGUUUUGAACAAUUAUUAUAAAUUUAUAAUUUUUGCGUUGUCUUCAAUAAAAAUUACUUAAAUAUGGAAGCCUUUUGGAGUCAACGUAAUAACAUUACGUUUUUGGACAAAUAUUGCUCCAGGGAAAAAACGGCUCAUUUCCGAUUAGGGAUUUAUAUACAAAUUUAUAUUUGAUAUCAGAAUUUGUAUAGCCAAAUUUAAUUUAAUUCAUUAAUAAUACUCAUUUAUUUAAAUGUUUUAUGAAAAAAUUCUACAAACACUAUAAUGUUAGUUGUCUAUUGACUUAUCCCAAUAAUCGGCUAAUGCGAUGCUGUUAUUCAGGCAUAAUUUCCGUCACCUAAUUAGCUGCAAUGGAAUAUUUUUUUGGCCACAUUUAAUAAUUAGUUAUUUUAUCUUUGUCUUAAAAAACAUUUUUUAAACAUCGAUGAUUAUAUAAAUUCACCUUUUUCCCCACAAUUUCACUUAUAAUCCAGAAAAAUUACAUUAAAAAUGUCAAGGUAUUUAACAAUGUAGAAUGAAUAAAAAUUAAGACAGACGAAAACUGCUUGUCCUAUUGUCAAUCAAUAAAAAAUGUUAAAAAAAUAAAUUGUUGAAAAUUAACUCAUUCAAAACCUUUUUUUGAGCAUACAAAUACGAAAAUAGAGAGAUACGAGAUGAGAAUAUCAGUAUAUAAAACUAUUUCUAGUUUCCAAAUACUGGAAAAGGACAACAGUUGUGAAUAUUACACUCAGUUCUUAAAGAACGAGUUUUUGAAGUUUACUUGUGACUGUUUUUUCAUCAACACUCAUUUUAACCUAAAUGUAACAAAAAAAAUAUGAAAUUUAAUCUCAUUCCAGUUUUAAAACCGUUUAAUAAUGCUACUUUUUUACCUUCUAAAAAGUGUCACUUUAUCAACAUUUUUGUACCAUACAUUGACUGUCAUAAAGUAAUAUUUUAUGCAGAAGAUAGAGCAAUAUUCUAAUUUAAUGAUACAAUGGUAGCCAAAAUAUUCUUUUAAUUUAUAGUCUUAGUUUUACUAUUAUUUAAUUUAAUAUCCUCUAGUGACUGAGAACCAGCAAAAGCUGAAAAAGGCAAAACCACCCUAUUUUAUUUAAUUUUGAACAUCUUUUAAAAACUGCAUUUAUGGACAUCUAUAUAGAAACUUUUUUUAAGUAAUUUGUAGGAAAUAUAGCCAAGCGUUUUAGUUCAGUCCUGUA